CGAAGGACAGCAAAAGCAAUAUCUUCUUGACGUAACUCAAAUCGAGUCCCUUGGUCUUCUCCUCCAAUUUAUUCAUCAUUCCAUCAACGACGACCUUCGCUGUGUUCUCUCAGUUUUAUUUCCUUUCCUGUAUAACGAUUUCUUUUUUUCCCACUCGAGUAAUUCAGGUAUGAAUCUGAAACCCUUCAGGUGGUUUUAAAUGAACCAAACAGCGAUGGAAGCAGAACAGGAUUCCACGGUUUCAAGCGAUUUUUCGCCGGAUUACAGCGACUCGGAAAUCCCGACUCGCGAGCAAAUGGCUUAUGCUCGAAGAAGCAUGAACGAUCCGGUCAGGGUCAUCUACAUGUUGGAUGCUGAUAAAAAACUGUAUUCCAGAUAUAAAUUGAAUGUUCUCAAGCUGCUCGGAUUUCUCUCGACUGCCUUCAAAAAUAAGCGAUUGGGAAUCAAAAUCGGUUGCACCAGUUAUUCACGAACCAACUUCCAGCAGUGAUUCGUCCCCUUCACAAAAGCUGUCAUAUUCCUAUCCGGAGAAAUCAACCGAAAGACGAAAAAAAGGAUUUUUUGGCGAAAUGCCUGCAAAAGUGGUUGAGCCACAGUCUGAGGUCGCCUUGUCAUCAGCAGAAUGUCACACAACUUCGUCAGAAAGCACGCCGAUUUCCGUUGACGCAAGUAGAGUGGAGCAGAUUUCCAUCUGUGAUGCUCCAAGAAUGGAUGCGGGAACAAUUGAAGAUGUUAUCACAUGGAUGGGAUACGGAAAGCAGCGACGCUCCAAGGCUUUUGCAUUCACUACUACAAAUCAUGAUUCCAAGUCUGCUACCGAGAUGUCGCUGUUACACCACAAAAGCAAACGACGCUCUUCCGCAACAGCGACGGCAGUAACCGUAGCAACGAUAAGCAAUGACAAUAACAGUGACGCCAGAGCAUUCCAAAUGCUACUCAACUUCUUUGACAAAAAACUGACGAAUGCUCUGCAACAGAGAACAUUUCCCAUCCAUAAAUCCAAUAAAACAAAGGCGUCAUUGGAAUUGGGAAAGUCUACGUCGAAGAGCAUCAAUUCCGUAUCAAACUU